AUGAAAGUUUCUAUUAAAGUAUUGAAUGGGCAAGAAUGUCAUUUGGAAGUUGAACCGAGCACCACCAUCAAUGAGAUCAAACAGGAAAUAGAAACGAGGCUUGGUAUUCCCAAGGAUUCCCAGAAGCUUUUAUUACUUGGACGUACAUUAAGUGGUGAUCGAGCCCUGUCCUCAUAUCCCUUCAUAAAGAGUAAUGAAGUGAAACUAAAUUUGAUAAUUGUCAAACAAGACAUCAAAGACAUUAUUCAUCGCUCUUUCCGCAAAUACUACAAUGAAACCCAAUCGGCCGCCCUCACCAAGGAAUUUAUGUUGGACUUGGAAAAGAAACUAAAGGGAUUCAGUCUGGAUGACAUAGAGCGUUUGGCUUCGGACCAUGUUGUUUGAUUUAGUUUAUUUUCUCUCUU